GCUCGGGAGAAAGGUGCCCAAAAAAAUAAGUUUUAAGGCGGAGAGAUCCCGAUUAAAAACCUCACAUUGGCAGUCCCAAGCGCUACUCGGCGUGCGAGGCGGUCCGUCGAAACGGGAAAGACGCCACGUUAUCUCCCGCGGAAACCCUGAGAGCCGCAGCCCGUCAGAGCUCCCCGGGGCCCAGCCGAAGAGAGGCGGGAGGCGAUGGAGCCUUCACCGGCCAAGGUUCGGCCGCAGGGCCGGCUGCUAGUGUCCACCCCCUUGGAUGCUAAAGACGAACUCGAAGAGCGGUUGGAGAGAUGUGUUGUAAUCGUCCAGUCUUUGACCAAUGGGCUGUCAGAACGGGAGGCUAACGACGCCCUCACUGCAAAUGCCUGUAAGGGGCAGCAGCAGCAUGAGGAAGUGUGUCUGGGACUGUUUUCUCUGGUUCUAACAGAACCAGCCCAGGCUCAGAGGUGUUACAGAGACCUGACACUGGUCAACAGAGAUGGGAUGAACGUGGUAUUGGUGAAAAUCAACCAGAUCCUGAUGGAGAAGUUCCUCAAACUACAGGAAGUCCCAAGAACACAGUUAGUGUGGUUGGUCAGAGAGUUGGUGAAGAGCGGUGUGAUCGGAGCAGAUGGUGUCCUCAUGACCCUGAUGAAACAGAUUGCAGGUGGGGACGUCUCCACUAAAAAUCUGGGUUUGGCUGAGAAUGUCUUGGACAUCCUGGUUGAACAGAAAGAGUGGGUGGUGAAGAGUGGAAUGCUGAUCGCCAUGUCGGUCUACACAUACCUGCGUCUUAUCGUGGACCAUGGAACCCCCAACCUGCUGCCACUCAGACAGAAAGAAGUGGACUUCUGCAUCAGCAUGCUGAGAGAGAAGUUUAUGGAGUGUAUUAUCAUAGGCAGAGACCUGGUGCGUCUCCUGCAGAAUAUCGCAAGGAUCCCAGAGAUGGAGCUCCUCUGGAAGGACCUUCUACACAACCCACAGGCCCUCAGCUCACAGUUCACAGGUCUGCUCCAGCUGCUGACGGCCCGGACUUCCAGAAAGUUCCUGGCCUGUCGUCUCACACCUGACAUGGAAACCAAACUCCUAUUUAUGACUUCCAGGGUCCGUUUUGGUCAGCAGAAGCGGUACCAGGACUGGUUUCAGAGACAGUAUCUUUCCACGGCAGAGAGCCAGUCCCUGCGAUGUGAUCUGAUUCGGUACAUCUGUGGUGUGGUCCACCCGUCCAAUGAGGUUCUGAGCUCUGACAUCCUGCCCCGCUGGGCUAUCAUCGGCUGGCUGCUCACCACCUGCACGUCUAAUGUAGCAGCCUCUAGUGCUAAACAAGCUCUCUUCUAUGAUUGGCUCUUCUUCAGCCCUGAGAAAGACAGCAUCAUGAAUAUAGAACCAGCCAUCCUGGUGAUGCAUCAUUCCAUGAAGCCUCAUCCUGCCAUCACUGCUACACUGUUGGACUUUAUGUGUCGGAUCAUUUCUCAUUUCUUUCCUCCGUUGGAGAGUCAGGUGCGUCAGGGCAUCUUCAACUCCCUCAACUUCAUCAUGGAGAAGAGGGUCUUGGCUCAUCUGGCUCCUUUGUUCGAUAAUCCUAAAUUGGACAGAGAGCUUCGUUCCAUGCUGAGGGAACGAUUCCCAGAGUUCUGCAGUUCUCCCUCCCCUCCCACUGAGGUCAAAAUGGAGGAGUCUGUUGUCUUGGAGAUGGACAACCAUGUCUUGGACAAAGAGGAAGGUUGCUAUGACAGCACAGAAGCUGCCUUCAGCGAUGAUGAAGAGGAGGUCAACAACAAAGGAAAAAAGCGAGAAUUCAGGUUCCAUCCAAUCAAAGAGGCUGUGAUUGAGGAACCCGCUGACAUCACGCCCUACCUGGACCAGUUAGAUGACACAAUGAAGGAGAAGGUUCUCCAACUUCAGAAAGCCACUGAUACAGAGAGCCAGUGUGAGGUGAUGCAGGAGAUCGUGGACCUGAUUCUGGAGGAGGACUUUGACUCGGAGCAGAUGUCCACUCUGGCUUCCUGUCUGUCUGAGCUGUUUAAAGGACACUUCAGAGGAGACGUCCUCCCUGACGAGAUCACAGAGGAGUCCCUGGAGGAGUCUGUGUGUAAGCCUGUGUGUCUGGUGUUCAGAAACCUCUGCACCAUGCAGGAGGACAACAGCGGCUUCUCCGUGCUGUUAGAAAUGCUGGCCGAGCUCUACCAGAAACAACCCAAGAUCGGAUACCACCUCCUCUACUACCUCAAAGCCAGUAAAGCAGCGAUUGGGAAGAUGAGUUUGUACGAGUCCUUUGCUCAGGCCACCGCUCUGGGAGACCUGCACACCUGUCUCAUGAUGGACAUGAAGGCCUGCCAAGAGGACGAUGUCAGGCUGCUCUGUUACCUAACACCCUCCAUCUACUCUGAGUUUCCAGAUGAGACCUUACGCAGUGGAGAGCUGUUAAACAUGAUAGUAGCUGUCAUCGACUCCACACAGCUCCAGGAGCUCAUGUGUCAUGUGAUGAUGGGCAACCUGGUCAUGUUCAGAAAAGACUCAGUCCUCAACAUCCUCAUUCAGUCUCUAGACUGGGAGACCUUUGAGCAGUACAGCACCUGGCAGCUGUUUUUGGCACACAGCAUCCCCCUGGAAACCAUCAUACCCAUUCUCCAGCACCUCAAGUACAAGGAGCAUCCAGAGGCUCUGUCCUGUCUGCUGCUACAGCUCCGUAGAGAGAAGCCGACCGAGGAGAUGGUGAAGAUGGUUCUGAGUAGGCCGUGCCACCCUGAAGACCAGUUCACCACCAGUAUCCUGAGACACUGGGCCACCAAAUAUGACGACACACUGGGAGAGCACAUAAAGGCCCAACUCAUCAAGAACAACAACCAGCCCAGGAAACGACAGAGUCUGCGUAGUUCAAGCAGUAAGCUAGCCCAGCUGACUCUGGAACAGAUCUUAGAGCACAUGGACAACCUCCGACUGAGUCUCAGCAACACCAAGAACAACUUCUUCAGCCAGACUCCCAUCCUCCAGGCCCUGCAGCAUGUCCAGGCCAGCUGUGAUGAAGCCCAUAAGAUGAGAUUCAGUGACUUGUUCGCCAUUGCUGAGGAAUAUGAGGAUUCCCAGUCCAAACCUCCCAAGUCUCGUCGUAAAGCCCCUGCCUCCUCCCCCCGCUCCCGCAAAGGAGCCGCGCCUCCCACCAACAAUGAGGAAGAGAGCGCCUCCAGCAGUGCAUCCGAGGAAGAGGAUUCGAAGCCUAAAGCUCCAAAGAGGAAAAGGAAAGGCUCAUCGGCCGUCGGCUCUGACAGCGACUGAUUGAUCAAACACAUGCCAGUUGCCAUAGUGACCAGCCCAACCACUCAAGGAAGCCCGUCCUCCUUGCUAAGAGACACACCUGUAAGCACUGAGGAAGGGGCGGGACUCUCAAAUGGACUCUGAGGCACCAUUGGCCUGAGCCAUAGAUACACUCCCACUUCUUCCCACUCCUCCUCUACUCAAUGCUUAUUGGCAGGCGGGACAAGUUGCUCCUGUGUUGAUUGGUGGAUCGAGGGAAAGGGGCGGGAGGAGGACAAGUGACCAGAGUUGUCAAACAGUUUGGCAACAGACGGACGGACAUUUUGAUGUUGAAUCUGCUCUCGUUUCCUUGGAGACAAGAACUGACUAGUUGACUCGGUACUGUUGGAGGGAUGGGAUGGGAGGUUAGAGGUCAAAGGUGACUCUGUCGCCACUCUGUGGAUGUCCUGCCGCACUUGAUCUGGUCUGUUUUUACCACAGUCAACAUGACAGUGAUGAUGAUGACAAUGGUGGUGUUGAACAUGAAGAUGAAAGCAGGCCUAACAGGGAGGUGACCUCUCUGUUGUUUCUUCUUCGACAAUUCUGGACUCAAACGUUACUCUGGUGGAGAAUCUUGACUUCUUGUUUUUUGCCAGCUACUUCCUGUCUCAGCCUGGCCCUGAUCUUAACAUUGCUCUCAGUUGACGUCAAGUCAAGUCAAUUUUAUUUAUAUAGCCCAGUGUCACAAAUUACAAAUUUGCCUCAAGGGGCUUUACAGCAACACAACAUCCUGUCCUGAGACCCUCGCAUCGGAUUGAAAACUUCUCUGUCCUGAAAAUCAGUUUGUUAUCCAGCUUUGUAGCCAUGAGUUAUUUUAAACCAUUAGAUGUGUUCAAAAAACCAACAGAUGUGGAGGUGUUGGGAGUGUGACUCCUGAAGUCAUUCAGAAACGAGGAGCAGACGACUGACGACUUUUACGUUUAGCUGAUCCACCACAGAGAGUCUGAUAAAUGGAGACCAAGUGCUUGAACAAAGGGUUUUUAUCAUGACAAACCUUCUGAACUGCAGCAGAUUUAAGCUGUCCAACCUAACCUGGAUCCAAAACUGAGAUUCAGGAGAAACCAGAACUAAAGUUAAUCAUGAACUGCAAGGAAUAUUGCCUGAAGUUUAAAGUUGUUUUUUUUUUCAAGGCCUGGAAAAAGUUUUGGAAAUUUCCUUGUUGUUCCAGUUAUGUUCCUCUGGUUAUCAUAGAUGUUGUGAUGGAACAGGUGAAGUGUUGGACUUCUCUUUGGCUGGUUUUAUAUUUAGAUAUACAGUGUCAACUCGGAAGACAUUUCCUGAUCACACAAGUACCCAAGACCAGACCUUUUAGAUUGAAAUCAGAAUUUUAAUCAGGAAAAAAAAAGCAGUUUUAAACUCGGUCAUAUUAAAUGACGUGGAACAGUGCUGGAAGUUGAAAAGAACACGCCAACGUGCCGUAUAUGCUUUAAAAUGACGGUCAACUUGAUAAUUGGGGUUCAUACAGUCGAUGCCUUCAUUUUCAUGUCCUGCCAAACCACCACCAGUUUGAUUCUGGACGCAACUGGUACAGCCGGUGACCUGCGAGGGUGUUUGAGAACAUACCCUGCCUACUGCUUCAUAAACUCACGAGAUUGGUUGAUAACCUGCUGCUCCUCUUUCAAAUUGGCCACAGAUGAGACCACGGAGAUUCUCACUGUAUAAUUUUUAAUAAGACUAUAGGAGGGAAAGAAAAGAGGAAUUUUUUUAAUGGAAAUUUCUUUCUACUGACCUAUUUUCAUAAAAAGGAACAUAACUAUGUUAAAUAUUAAUAAAAAGGGCUAA